AAUCCUAAUUCUGAAUCUUGGGAAUCUCUCCCCCAUUUUGAAUAUUCUCGUGACAAGGCCCACAUGGACAUAACAGGUUACGCGGUUUGUUACGGCUGUAUUUUGGUUUCACUAGGUCAUAGUCGAGUUGAGCUAAUGGUUUUUAAUAUAGAUAGCAAUACUUGGCAUCAAGUCAAUAUUGCUAGAAGUGAUGCUUAUUAUUGUGGUUUUCAGGGGAGGGCCGUGGUUGUGGACAAUACUAUCUAUGCCUUAUCUAUACAGUGCGGGAAGGUUAUAGCUUUCUCUUUCAUGAUAGAUUCAGAGGAAGAUGGCUGUAUUAUCUAUUUUUUAGAGAAACCAGUCUUCUUUCCAGGAUUGAAGAGUAGGGUUAAGGAGGAUAUUAAAUAUUGUCACGGUUUUAAUCCGACCGAGUAUUUGGUUCAUUUGGGGAAGUUGGAGUUUUGUCUUCUCCAAGCUGCUGCUACCUGCAUAGAAGACGAGUCUCAAGAGCUGUUUGUCACCACAUUCAAAAUUGUCCAUGAUGGAACCAUGCAUAUCAAGAAAUUAGAUUCUAGUGUUUGUGAUUUGCGCAUUAAGGGUUAUGGGCUAUUUGACAUUAAUUUCAGCUUCACACCAGGAUGCAGGGAUCUUGAACCCAGAAAAGAGGAGAUUUUUCAGAUGACUAGGAAAAAGGAGACUGCCAAGAACAACGCUGCCUCGGAUUCUAAAGUCCAUGAUGUGGGCAUUGAGGGUAGUGAUAGAUUCAUGCUUCUACGGAGAAAGUUGGUUCUCGGCAAGUACCCUUUUAAAUUUGAUGUUUCGCGACUGGCCGUGAUUCCAUCGACUCUGCAUUUAAUGGUGGCAGUAUUUGGUUUAUGUCUUUUCUUCGCGCUAGGCCAACAAAUAAUCAGUUAAUUAGGUUGUGUAACCAGAAAAACGUCGGAUUGUGAAUUAAUUGCCUUGAGUUAAUUACUUGGCUCGCUUUCCAAAUAUUUUGGAGCUGUUUGUGAUUUUGUACGUACAUUGUUGCGUUUACCUUGGUUAUUCAUCUUAAUUGUUUGUGCUAUUCAAUGUUGGAAUUCUCAAUUGUAUUUUGUUUCUUGGAUAAU